AUUUUCUUUCAAAAUAUCUGUGUACACGACCGGUGUACACUUAGCGUACAAAUUUGGGGUACACCAAGCAUGGCUCUAAUAACUAACCCAAAUGCGGAUGCAUAUAUAGGGGGUGUUUGGAACCGAUUCUGCUUCUGCUUCUUUUUUAAAAGCAGAAGCAGAAUCAGAAUCAGUUUUCAGAAGCUGGUACCCCCAGCUUCUAAAAAAACUGAUUCUGAGAGUAAAUUAGAGCUCCAGAAGUGCUUCUGGAAUUUCACCCAAACACUCCAACUUCUGCUUCUGCUCCUUGAAGGAGCAGAAGCAGUUUUGAGAAUCAGAUCCAAACACCCCCAUAUACCGAGUAUCAAAUUAAAUGAUGAGUACAUUUAGUUAAUUACAUGAUGAUGAUGAUAUGAUGAUGAAAAAUUGAUGGUAAGAAACACAUGGAACAAUAUAAUCGAACGGUAGGAAUAGGAUGGAUGAUGGUGCAUGAUCAAGUCCGGCGGCGGCGUGGCGGUUGGAUGGCGGAGCCUGGCCGGCCGGGAGAGAAAAUGAAUCGAAUCAGAGACCAUAACGGAAAUCGGCGAGUUUGGUCUUGACCCACUUGACGCUUCCUCUAAGGGAGGACUUGAGCUUACCUUCGGUGGCGAACAUGUUGUAGGAAGCGAUUCUCUUCUUCCUCUUCAUCUCCAGGUUGCCGGUGCUCGACAACGCCGGCGGCGCGAAGCCGUCGCCUUUAACGCUCGGGCCGUUGAAAUUGUAGGUGCCCCGCCGCUCCUCCUCUUCCAGCCCCAAAUCCGUCGUGUACUGUGGAAGUGAUCUGCUCUUCUCCAUCCCCUUCCCUCUCGCCCACCUCCCCUGCUUUUUUAAUCUCCCUUCCUAAACUCUCC